CACCAGACGCGGGGAAUUUGGUCCAUUCGUUAUAUGUUACUGCCUGUCCUUAGGCUCUGUCCAGUCGUUAGGAUUGGUUUUAGUAUGUCUCGUGCAAACAAAGUUAUUAGACCACGAGGUUUGAAGGGGAAAGAGAUAGGUCUUUGGCAUGCUGCUCAAUCAAAAAACAGAGGAGAAAAUCAUUCUGAGUAUCAAUCUAACUUUGCUUCCAUGCCUCUUGUCGGCAUGAAUCUCUUGAAAAUCCAGUCAGUUAUACAAGAAUGUUCAGAACCAGUUUUCGAACUCCCCAGAAUUAGUAACGAGCAUAUUUCACCUAUGUGUAAACUCCCAACUCUCAGCACUUCAAAACAAGCUUCAGAUGAGGACGAAGCAGAAGAAUUAUUCGGAGAGAUUCAAGAUAGUUUUGAUGUUUCAGUGGGUCCAUGUUCUGACCCUGAUCAAAUGUUAAUAACAAAAGAACGCUUGGCUCGAAAUCCCGAUAUUGAUCAUGAACUCAAUCUUUCAAUGAAGAGCUGCAUGAGUUCUCCUGCUUAUUUGAAAAUUUCAGAAUCUAGGUGUAAACUUCCGGCGUAUCAAUUCAAAGAAGAUAUUGUCUCAGCUAUUCGAGAUAACCAGGUUGUUAUCAUAAGUGGUGAGACGGGUUGUGGGAAGACUACACAGGUUCCACAGUUUAUUUUGGAAGAUCAGGUCCUAAGUGGAAAUGGCUCCAUCACGCGUAUCAUUGUGACUCAACCUCGGCGUAUAAGUGCUAUUUCGGUUGCUGAACGAGUAGCAACUGAAAGAGGACAAUCUAUAGGAUCUUCUGUUGGCUAUCAGGUUCGCUUAGAACGCCGAUAUCCUCAACGUCCUCAUGCAUCUGUCAUGUUUUGUACAACAGGCAUAAUUCUUCAAUGGUUUCGUUCUGAUCCACUUUUAAAGAACAUCAGCCAUAUUAUUGUUGAUGAGGUACAUGAACGGGAAUUUUUGUGUGAUUUUUUAUUGUGCAUGCUAAAACGAAUUGCUCCUCUUCGUCCAGAUCUUCGAAUAGUCCUUAUGUCAGCAACGAUCAAUGCAGACAAAUUUGCUGAGUAUUUUGACAAUUGUCCUAAAUUUGAAAUUCCCGGUAGAACUUUCCCAGUGAAGACAUAUUAUUUAGAAGAUGUUUUGAAGGAAACUAAAUUUUGGUUGCCGAAUAAUGCUAUAGCUGCUUUAGGUCGUGAUCAGUCUCGUACAUUAAAACAGCGUCUUUUAAAAUCGAAUCUUUCAAAAAAAGAAGCUCGUAUAUUGUCCUAUGGAAAAAGUCCUGAAUUCAAUAAGUGGCUGAAAUCGUUAACAGGAUUAUCUUCGAAUGCAGUAGAAAUUUUACGUAGUGUUGGAGAAGACACAUAUCCUGAAACCGAUCUUAUUGCACAUUCAGUUGAGCAUAUUUUACAGAAUACAACAUCGGGUGCAAUACUCGUGUUUGUUCCUGGUCUUGUUAAUAUUAAAGAUGCAAUUAGAUCUUUACGUGAAUUAAAUCCAAAGAGAUAUGAUGAUCGUUAUGGAAGUGUCAGGAUUUAUCCAUUACAUUCAAGAAUCCCUGCGUAUAGAGAUCGCUCUCUGUUCGAACCCCCGCCGCAAGGUCAGAGAAAAGUGAUUAUAGCAACUAAUAUUGCUGAAACAAGUAUAACCAUUCAAGAUGUAGUUUAUGUGAUUGAUUGUGGUCGUAUCAAAGUGACAGAUUAUGACCCAAGACAAAAUACAUCAACUUUGACUUCAGUUCUUGUCAGCAAAGCCAAUGCAGCUCAACGUUCUGGAAGAGCUGGUCGUGUACAACCCGGAAUCUGUUAUCAUUUAUUCCCAAGUUACGUGUAUAAUAACGUUAUGUCAGAAUUUCUACAACCAGAAAUGUUACGUGUUCGUUUGGAAGAUGUAAUUUUGAGAAUCAAAUUGUUAGGUCUUGGUCGUGUAAAAUCUUUCUUAACUAGUUGUCUGGAUUCUCCUUCUGAAGAUGCUAUUUCACAAACUUUAACAUUUCUUAGAAAAAUUCAAGCUCUAAAAUUAAUCAAAUCAGAAACAUUGAAUUCGGAUACUUCUCAAUCAAUAAAAUAUCAUGAAAAAACAUAUAAAGUUAAUCGUAAAUCUCUUCGAGAAUUUUCAAAUGCUAUUAAAAACGAUGUAAAUGCUAGUGGUGUAGAUAUUUUGAAUUCUAAUAGUAUUCAAUUCGAUUCAACCGAUGAAGAUGACGAUGAAUUAACUCCUCUUGGUGUACAUUUAGCGAAUUUCCCACUUGAUCCACAAUGUGCUAAACUCUUAAUUUUCGGUGCAUUAUUUGGUUGCUUAGAACCAAUUUUAGCUGUUGCUUCGUGUUUGACAUUUCGUGAUCCAUUUGAAAUACCUUUAGAGAAACAACAAGAGGCUGAUCGAUGUCGAAUUGAAUUGGCUCAGAAUUCCUUUAGUGAUCAUUGGGUAUUUGCUACAGUUAUUCAACACUAUCGUGGACUCACUUCACAAACUGAACGUCGUCAAUUUUGUCAAAAAUAUUUUCUUAAUGAACGUACUAUCAAGGACAUUAUUCAACUUAUGAAUGAUUAUGCACAAUUAUUAUAUGAACGAAGAUACAUUGCUACUCCAAAACCUAAUGAUCCGAAUGCAAACUGUAAUCAAUGGAAUAUCAAUCUUUUCCGAGCGAUUAUGUGCGCAGCGUUAUAUCCAAAUAUAGUUAAAGCAGAUCCAAGAUUUACUAAAGAAGGGAAACCUAAGCCACCAGUCAUUAUGGCUUGUCCAUCUGAGGGUAGGGUAAGCAUUCAUCCAUCGUCAGUAAAUAGUAAAAUUCAACCAACUGAACCUAUAUGGAUGGUGUAUUUUACAAAAACUAAACUUGAAUUAGGAUCUCGUCCUUCCAUAUUCGACUCAACUGUCGUACCACUGAGACCUUUGCUAUUUUUCAGCGGUAAUAUAGAAAUAUCAAAGAAUGAUACAAGUCUUUUCACUAUUGAUCAAUGGAUUAAAUUUAGUGGAGAGUUGAAAGUAGUCAAUCUAUUGAAAGAUUUACGGAAAUGUAUGGAUAGAUUAUUAGAACAAAAGUUUAAAAAUCCUAGCGUGGUUAAUUGGGAUGGAACAAGUAAAGAAGGACGACUCCUCCAAACUAUUAUAGAUCUAUUAACAAGCGAACCGCCGCCCGCAGUCGGAGUUCAGGCAUUAGAUAAAUGUAAAAACCUUCCCUGUAGGCAUUCAUAAGUAGUUGCUCACACCAACAACCUUGUAGAUAUAUAUUUAACACUUUUGUUUGUUAAUAAUCUGAAGUAUUUGUUGUCUAUUAAAACAUUAUUUUUAAA